AGUCUUUUUUGGCAGCUAUGAAGUGGGCUGAUUUGUCACAACUUGAGUAGUUAAUUAUUCACUAUUCUCCAUCUUUUUCUUGCAUAUAAAUACUGCAUAUAUCAGCAAUCAUUCGCAUAACAAACCAAACAGCUUCAAGCAAAAUUAAAAGGCACAGCUUCUCCUUCUUUUCUUCUCUCAUUCAACUAAAUUGGGGAAAGACGACUUAAUUUGUGUAGAAGAAAUUAAAUCAAGAAAUGGCAAAGAAAGCAUCAAUCAAUAUGGAAAUAGGGAACGAUGGCGUGGCUGUUAUUACUGUCCAUAAUCCACCUGUCAAUGCCUUAACUCUCUCAGCAAUUGAGGAGUUGAAGAGAUGCUAUCAAGAGGCAAUAGAUAGCGACACCGUAAAGGCGAUUGUUCUUUCUGGUGCUGAUGGUAGAUUUUGUGGUGGUUUGGACAUCAGUGUUGUGGAGAAUGUUCAUAAGCAUGGAGAUAUAUCACUUCUACCUGAUGCAUCAAUUGGACUCGUGGUUAACAAAAUGGAAAAUGGGAAGAAGCCUUCUGUUGCUGCAAUUCAAGGAUUUGCCCUUGGUGGUGGCUUGGAGUUGGCUAUGGGGUGCAGUGCUCGAAUUGCCACAGCAAAAGCUGAUCUUGGUUUACCUGAGCUGAAACUUGGAGUUAUUCCUGGAUGUGGAGGCACCCAGAGGCUUCCAAGAUUAGUCGGGACCUCAAAGGCUGUUGAUAUGUUGAUGUCAUCCAAGACCAUAACAUCUGAAGAGGGAAAGGAGUUGGGUCUUAUUGAUGCCAUUGUCUCUUCCGAGGAGCUCUUGGCAGUUGCUCGGUGCUGGGCACUCGACAUCGUUGAAGGGCGCCAACCACAUUGCAAUUCUCUUGAAAAGACAGAUAAACUUGGACCUAAGGAUGAAUCGCUUGAGAUACUGAAAAGUGCUAGACAACGGUACAGAGCGCCUCAUUACAGUGCCUGUCUUGAUGUGAUUGAAGAAGGCAUCAUAUCUGGAGGAUUUUCUGGUGUUCUUAAGGAGGAUAAAGUAUUUAAGGAGCUGGUGCUGUCAAAUACUGCAAAAGGUCUUCUUCACUUAUUUCUCGCUGAACGUGCAACAUCAAAGGUACCAGGUGUUACUGAUAUUGGGCUUAAGCCGCGGAUAAUAGAAAAAGUUGCCGUUGUUGGUGGCGGGUUAAUGGGAUCUGGCAUUGCUACAGCUCUCAUUAUGAGCAACAUGAAUGUUGUACUUAAAGAAAUUAACCAUGAAUAUCUAUUGAAAGCAGUGAAAUCAGUAGAAGCAAAUCUACAAGGCCUAGUAACAAGAGGACAGCUGAAUCAGGAUAAGAUGAAAAGGACUUUGUCUCUUCUUAAAGGCACUUUAGACUAUGAGGAUCUAAAAGAUGUUGACAUGGUCAUUGAGGCUGUUAAUGAGGUAGUGUCGCUGAAACAAUCAAUAUUUGAAGAUAUUGAAAAAGUUUGUUCUUCAGACUGCAUUUUUGCAUCAAACACAUCCACAAUUAGUCUUGAUGUUAUUGGGGAAAGAACAAGUAGUCAAGAUCGCAUUUUGGGGAUACAUUUAUUCAGUCCUGCUCAUGUGAUGACUCUGGUGGAAAUCGUGAGGACCGAAAAUACUUCUCCACAAGUAAUUGUUGAUGUUAUAAGAUUCACCAAGAUUAUGAAAAAAGUCCCCAUCGUAGUGAAGAAUUGUACUGGUUUUGCUGUCAACCGUAGCUUCUUCCCUUAUAUGCAAGGACCAGACCUGUUGGCAAAUUUAGGUGUUGAUAUCUUCAGAAUUGACCGCGUGAUCACUGAGUUUGGCAUGCGGCUUGGCCCUUUCCAGCUUCAGGAUCUUAGUGGCUAUGGUAUAUUUUUGGCUGGUGUAAAAGAGUUUGUUGCUGCUUUUCCAGACCGCGCUUUUCAGUCACCCUUGGUUCAACUGAUGGUAGAAGAUGGGCGGGAAGGAAAGAAGAAUGGAAAAGGAUAUUACACAUACAAAAAGGGAAGCAAGCCAGAAGCUGAUCACUCUGUGAUUCAAGUUGUUGAGGAGUCUAUGCGAUUUACUAAUAUUGCUCCUGGUGGAAAGCCAAUAUCUGUGACCGAUGAAGAAAUUCUUGAAAUGAUAUUCUUUCCUGUGGUGAAUGAGGCUUGUCGAGUUAUUGAGGAAGGAAUAGUUGUCCGAGCAUCUGAUAUUGAUAUUGCAUCUGUCCAUGGGUUUAAAUUUCCUUCAGAAACUGGAGGUGUCAUGUUUUGGGCUGAUACAAUUGGAUCUGAAUACAUAUACUCAAAGCUAAAAACUUGGCAUGAGGCCUAUGGUGAUUUCUAUAAGCCAUCAACAUUUUUGGAGCAGAGAGCUGCAAAAGGUUUGCCCUUGGGAGGAUCGUCUUGACCAGCAUAUCAUAUGAUCAUAUCCAUGCAGAAAAAGCAGUAAUGCAAGCAUGCUGAAUUUGGGCUCUGAAAUAAGGCGGGAAAGUUUGUUAAUUACAAUUAGUUAGAAGUUCCAUUAAUUAUAAUAAGUUAGUCUUUAAAUUUCCUAUUUUUUCCCCUCAAGCUAUUUGAUGGUAGUUGUAACUUUGGCUCUACAAACCAGUGUAAUCAUCUGAGAAAGAGUGAAUGAAAUGUCCAAAAGCUUCACAAAGUUCCUUUUUCUUCUUUUC